AUGCCGCCCAAGAGGUACUUUGAGCACGACGAUUCUGCUGCAGCAGUGGCUGCUGCUACCGCUGCCUCAUCAUCUGAAGUCGUGGCUGGCACUGCCUCCCCAGCGACCUCAAACGACAAGAAGAACAAACCAAGAAGCAAGGUCAAUGCGACGCUCUUUGUCUCAAGACUCCCUUAUACUGCCACAAGUACCGACUUGCAGACCACGUUCAGCGAGAUUGGUCCCUUGAAGCGAGCUUUCGUUGUCACCGACCAGGCCACGAAGAAGUCCAAGGGUGUCGGCUACGUCACGUUCGCCAUCCCCGAGGACGCAAGCACUGCACUCGAGCAGCUACAGGGAAAGUCGCUCGACGGGGGUAGCAGAAAGAUCCAGAUCAUCUUCGCAGACCAGAAGGAUCCCACCGGCAACAAGCGCACAUCUGUCAAAGAAGAGCCGGACUCGCCGUCCUCGUCAAAGCGACCGCGCACCGAGACUUCCAAGCCCACGCGCUCUUACACUGCAGUCCAGGAGAAGGACGCCGAUGCCGUUCGCACUGUCCUUCUGUCUGGUCUCGCCGCUUGCUCUCCUGCACCGGACUCCAAGCAGAUCUACAAGCGCGCACGAAAGAUUGGCGACGUCGAAAAUGUCAUCUACCCGUCCACCUCUUCUCCCAACCCUAAUGACGUUGCCCACGUCAUCUUCCGCACACCCAACCACGCCAUGACCGCCGUCGAGAAGCUCCACGCCCACAUCUUCAAAGGCGUCCAGAUCAGCGCCAUCCUCAAGAAGCGCGCCGACAAUGCUGCAAAGAUCGCUGCCCACAUGCGCCCAGAAACGCUCGCAAAGAGGGAGAAGAUGCGCCAGGACGUCGAAAAGAACAGCGGAAAGGGAACCAUGCCCGUGCUACUCUCCGAGAUUGACAAGUCGAGCAGGUUGAUCAUUCGCAACUUGCCCUACGAUGUCAAUGAGGCCGAUCUACGAUCCAUCUUCUUGCCUUUUGGUCCCGUGUACGAGAUCACAAUCCCUAAGGUCAAGGCGAAAGAACCCGUUGCUAAUAACGUUUCUCCUGUUAAGGACGAGGACGAAACCAAGUUGGACUUAUCAGCAGAGUCCGAGUCCGGAUCAACGCAGUUGGAAGACGACGCUGACACCGACAAUGCGGAGGACAGCGACGUGGAAGUUGAUGAGGACGAUGCGCAAGACAGCGAUAAAGAGGGCCAGGACAGCGAAAGUGACAGCGAAGACGAAGACGAAAACGAGACGGCAGACGACGAGCAAACAGAAGAGCAGCAAGAAGUCCUGGAAGUGUCGGACAACGAUGGAACUUCGGGCGACGACCUCGAUCCCGCUGCUGUUCCUGCCUCAAAUGUUGUCGUAAAGACCGAGGACGAUGACACCGAGGCACUCCAUACACCAUCCUCAUCGAAUGCCACCGUUCAGCCUGCUUCGACUACAACCGCACCGAAGCACGCCGUCGAAAAGGGCCGUGGAUUCGCUUUUGUCUGGAUGGCAUCGCGCAACGACGCCGCCCGUGCCAUCGAAGCCGUAAACGGCAAGACCAUCCAACAUGGCGCUGCUGAGCGUGCAGCCUACAAGGCAGCCCUCGGCUCUCGUGGUCGUCGCGUUGCCAAAGCUGCGCUCGACCGCGUGCGUGCCAACGCUCAACCCGAACGAACCGUCGCCGUCGACUGGUCGCUCAGCAAAAAGGAUUGGGAAGCCAAAGCUGACGAGUCGGAGAGCGAAGACAACCUCGAGGACGCCGACAGUAAAGGAGAUGCAGCUAGUGGCGACGACGACGAAGAUGAACCGGCAGAACGACCCAAGCUGCCCGCUCCCGAGGAAGGCACUACGCUGUUCGUCCGAAACCUGCCGUAUCAGGCUACCGAGGAGGAGUUGCGCAACCUCUUCCGAACCUUUGGGCCGCUCCGCUACGCCAAGAUCGCCAUGGACAAGGCGUCCAACCGCAGCAAGGGCACCGGUUUCGUGUGCUUCUGGCAAGCCUCUUCCGCCGAUGCCGCGCUGGCACAGGCCAAGAUCAUCGAGCGAGAGUCCGGUGUAUCCGGCUCCAGCUCCACAUCCGCAUCUGUCGCCAACCAGAAGAACCCGUUCGCCAUGCCCUCCGUGCUUACCGCCGAUCCUGCCGCGCCCCUAACGGCGAGCCUGAACCUGCACGGACGCGUGCUCAACGUCAUCCCUGCCGUUGCGCGCGACGAGGCCUCGCGACUCGAGACGAGCGGACGCAAGGAGCGCGAGAAGGGCGACAAGCGCAAUACGUGGUUGCUGCGCGAAGGCGUUCCCUUCCCCAAUUCGGACUUCGCUGCGAAGUUGGCGCCGAGCGAAGUGGAGAAGCGGCUGCAGUCGUUCCAGGUGCGCAAGGCGCAGAUGGGUGCCAACCCGUCGCUGUUUGUCAGCAAGACGCGUUUGUCGGUUCGAUCGCUGCCGCUGUUUGUGUCGGAGCGAAUGCUCAAGAGGCUUGCAAUCCACGCGAUCAAGGCGUUUGGCAGCGAAGUGCGCGCAGGCGAGCGUCAGGAUCUCGAUGCGGACGAAAAAGCUGACCGCACCAUCAGCACGUCGGUGCAGAACCGCAAGCGCAAACCCGGCGAGAGGCCUACGCCGGUUGUGCAAUCCAAGGUCGUCCGCCAGCACGACCGCAUUGAAGCGCUGACGGGGCUGGGCAAGUCGAAAGGCUACGGUUUCCUCGAGAUGAAGUCGUUUAACGAUGCGCUCAAAGUGAUCCGCUGGGCCAACGCCAACAAGACCGUCUCGAAACUCUUCGGCGAAUGGUGGACCGAAGACCUGCAACAGCAAGUCGACCGCAUCGCCACCCAAAUCCACUCGAAGAACAAGUCGCUCGAAGACAGCAAGCCGGGAGAAGCGGCCGACACCCUGCGUGCCGAGGUCGAAGACCUCACCACACGUCGCCAGCGUCUGCGUGCCAAACUAGCCGAGCUCGCCGAAGGCGGUGGCGCGGGUGAAAAGGAACGCGGAGGAAUGCUCAUGAUCGAAUUCGCCAUCGAGAACGUCGUCACCACCAAGAAGCGCGCCGACAAGCUCAAAGCGAUCAAGGAGUCCACCGAACGACGCAAGCAGAGGGACGAGCACGACGCAGAGCUCGAACAGCAGCAAGCCGAACAGCGCAGGAGGGAGGCCCAGGCUGCGAGGAAGAUCGAAGCCGAGAAGAACAAGCCCAAGGGACAUGCUCACGGUCACGUCAUUGGAAAGAAGAGGAAGGAGCGCAGGGCUCGACGUGGUUGA